CUCGUGUCCUUUAUAAAUACCGUCACGCCACAGCCAGUAAGCCUCCCCCUCCCCGACCCCUCUUCUCCUCUCAUCUCCUCCACACUUUGAGGAAACGUAUGAGCACAGCUUCUUGAACCUUGAGGCGCAAAUCGUAUAGUGUUUGCACAGAUCAGUGUCAGAUCUCAGCAAUGGGGGAGGAGAAAGUGGCGCCGAAGACUGACGCUACCGCGGCGGUGGAGCUGCCGGGGUUCGUGAUGAGCGCGGAGGAGGCCGAGCGCGCGGCGGCGGCCGCCGGGGUGGAGACGGUGGAGGACCUGCUUCCGCUGCUCGUCCCGUCGGCGAUGCGGCGCGCGCGGGCCCCGAUCUCGCGGUUCCCCGUGGGCGCCGUGGGGCUCGGCGCGAGCGGCCGCGUCUACGCCGGCGUCAACCUCGAGUUCCGGGGCCUCCCGCUGUCCCAUUCCGUCCACGCCGAGCAGUUCCUCGUCGCGAACGCCGCCGCCGCGGGGGAGCCGGAGCUGCGGGCCGUCGCCGUCUCCCACAUGCCCUGCGGCCACUGCCGCCAGUUCCUCCAGGAGAUUCGCGGCGCCGGUGGGAUCCGCAUCUUGGUUACUUCCGACGCGGAGGACGGCUGCGCGCCCGAGUGGCGCACGGUGGCGUCCCUCCUGCCCCGCCCCUUCGGGCCCCAUGACCUCCUCGCCAAGCACGUCCCCCUCGUCCUCGAACCGCACGACAACCCCCUCGGCGGCCCCACCGCCGCCGUCGCCAAUGGCUUCGCUGACGGUGACCUAGAGGCACGCCUGAGGGAGGCAGCGGAGGCAGCCGCGCGGGCGGCGCACGCGCCGUACAGCGGGUGCCCGUCGGGAUUCGCCGUGGCGGACGGUGAAGGGAGGGUGUACGCCGGGGGCUGCCUGGAGUCCGCGGCGUAUAACCCAACACUAGGCCCCGUUCAGGCGGCCAUCAUAGGGAUGGUGGCCGCCGGGGGCGGCCCCGCCGGAGACGUGGUGGCGGCGGCGCUCGUUGAGAAGGAAGCGGCGUUGGUGGCGCAGGAAGCGACGGCCAGGAUCUUCCUUGCCGCCGUGGCCCCACAGGCCAGCUUCCACGUGUACAAUUAUAAGCCGUCCGAUGCAUGAUGCGCAUCUCUGAUCCCCGUGGUGGUUGGGAGGGAGUGUAGGAGGUGAGAUUGGAACGAGAUAAUGUUUAUAAAAAAAGGUUAAGAAUAAAAUGAGAUGGAAAUAACCUUGUGUA